AUGGCCCCAGAGCGCCUGACAGUCUCGCCUAGCAGCAACGGGCCAGAGCGGCAGAGGGAUACGGCAGGAGGAGAAUCUGCUAGUCAGGCAGAAGGCACUGAAUUAUCAUCAGGAGAGGGAUGGCUCCUAUAUAAUGAAGAACACCAGUCCCCGAUCUGCGCCUUCCACGGCUAUGCGGUCCGUAACCUGGAAGGCCACCUGAGGGACCGUCACCCAGACAUCGACCAUCGGGCCCGCAGCGACCUCAUCCGCCGCCACAGGGACCUGCAGCUCCAGGGACCGAAGGAGGAUCGACUUGCCCUCUAUGGCCCGUCAAAUCCCACCCAGCCCAUCGAGGGUCUCCCUAUUCAUCGGGGGUUCGCUUGCACCUGGUCGGCCUGCAAGCAUCUCACGCCGAGCUGGAAGUGUCUGCGGGUUCACUUCAACGACGAGCACGGCGUCAAGGGAGCCAAGGCCCGGGAAGGCCUCUGGACCAACGUCCGGCUGCAGACCUUCUUCACGGGGCCUAAGAGGGCGAUAUUCUACUUCUGCGUAAGCCCACCUGUCGGCGGCGGCAGCGGCGAUGUGGCCCUGGCAGGCAAGGGGAGGAGAAGAGCGAGGAUGGCGACGAUGGCCGAUAAGCACCAGACGCCUUCGGAAGACCAGGCAAUCGCCAAUAUUACCAAAGGGUGGAUACUGCAGAAGGAGGAGCAGGAGGAGAUGCAGAAGGUCAUGGAGGAAGGUAUCCUGAGGCAUGAGACAACAAAUUGGCUAAAACGGACUGGCUGGCCGGCCCACUUUUCCGGGAGGAACUUGGCCGACAUCCAAGCCUGUAGCAGGAUGCCUGGCCGCGACGAGAACGAGCUGCAACGAAUGGUCGCCGUGCUUGAUCGACUCUUCUUUGACCGAUGCAUCGGCGGACUGAAGAGCAUGCCCCUAAUGACCCGCUUGCUCCUUGCCAGCCCUCACCCCCACGACGCACACAGCCGACCGUUCGGUCCUCUACAGGAGAAGACCAGCAUGGAUAGAUACCUGAUAUAUGUAAAGAGGUUUCUAUGCUAUUGCUUCAACGUACUGUCGCUAGAGGAGGAUAUCCUGCUUGCUACACAUGGCUUCCGCUUUACCCAUGCCCAGCGGACGGGACUCGAGGAGCUCUGGUCGCGUCUCCAGGACGAGGAACAACCGAGCGACGACGGAGUGCAGGAGCAGAUACUCCAGAUUCUGGCGACCUUCUGGACGCAGCGCCUCGACGGGGACCCUUUCGAGAGCCCGCUGUGGCACUUCGUAGGGGUACUAGGAAUCGACGGAGAGACAGGGCAGCUACGGCCAGCUCACCUAUUCACCUACGUACUUGCUGGUCUCGUCUUUACGGGUCGAGCGCUGCUGGGUGAGUGGGCUAUGCCUACCCGGGAGCGGGCGGGGAUGGCGGAUCUCGCGCAACGGUUCGCCAAGGUCCGAGAUGAUGAUGACUUCAAGACCUACGCUUCCUGGGGUUGGGGUUAG